AUGGUGGGAGGAAAGUUGACGGCUGCCUUCCUCGUCACCGCGCUGUCCCAGGCCGAAGCGAAUUUGCCGACCUACCGCUUAGGGAGCGAGGCGGAAAACAAAGCAGGCGCGUAUGAAGGAGGUCGAGGAGCCGCCAAGGGGUAUAGGUGCAAGGGAAAGGAGCGUAAGCCGACAGACGGGGCGUGUAUCCGUUCUGAUGGCCGUCCUGGAUCGACUUUUCGUGAAGUUGUUGAUAGAUACGAGUGGGACAGUAGUGAAGGCAAAAGGGCCACUGGGACGGACUGGAGGGUGGCUGCGGUCCGCCGUAGCACGGUAUCGAUUGGCGUGGAUUGGCGUCUCUUCGGGAUCUUUGCUUUGGCUCUUGACCAGUUUACCUCUUUACCCUCUUUGGCUCUUGGGCUCUUGGGCUCUCUGGAUCUCUGGCCCAGGGUUGGAACACUCCCUCUGCCGGCCACGCCACACCCCCAUCUAUCAGCAGCCGCGCGCGGUGAUUGGCUGCCGCUGCAAAGCCCCAAGAACGUCCGAAAGAGGGGCCCCAUCCGCCCAAUCACAGGUAUCCAAGAACAUCCCUCUCUCGAGGUACUGUACAUACGGAGUAAACGUCUGCGACUGCUGGGGACGGAGUACGGCAUGCUUUUGUCAUCUUUGAGCUGCUUAAAGGCAGCUGACCCCGUGCCUGGGAAUGGAGAGAGAGGGACAUAUAAAAUGCCUCUCCAUGCUUCCACCUCUGGACGCAAUGUGUUUGCCCGCGCCUUUUGAGACUGGAUGAAUCCUGCCGUCUCGGAUCCCCUACUCGGCGCCCACUACAGAGUCCCCGACACGAUAAGCUUUACCUGAGUUGCACGCCCACGAGUCGUCCGUCCCCAUAUGAAAUACAACCCUGAAACCACGGUAGUUGACCAGCGCUGUUCCAUGGCGGAAAUCCCAAAGGGCCAGGACCGCCCCCUUUCGAUCGACCCCAGGUUUCUCUCCUCCUGGGCCCUGCAUCCCUCGUGCGACCACUGCUGGCACUGCACUUUGGAUGAACAUGAACUCAUGAACCUGAGAGUCAUGAACUCUUGACCGUCGCCUCGCGAGAAAAGGACGGCACAAAAGCUGAAACGUUUCAGAUACGCGAAGGCUAACAUGGCGGC